AUGGUAAGAACAAAGGAUUUCGCUAUCAACCCGGCCAGCGACGACAUUGACUAUCCAUACGAAGUAAACAAGAUCAAAGAUCUGUUGACCAGCAUCCUUGGACGAAAUGACGCAAUAAUUAUACCCUACUCUCCGGCUGAGGAAAAUAAUCGGGAGGGGACCCCGAAAGGCAAGAUCUACAUUCAAUAUGACCCCGUGACAGCCGCCACCGUACCAGCAGAAGGCGAUUGUAAUCAGCAGCAAGCUGCGGCGAUAGAGCUUUGGUUUGAGGAUGCUCCUACCUACCGUUAUAGAGACACAUGGCAGCCAUUCCCAGAUCAGGUUGUGCAGGCAAAGAAACGGUCCGUCGCAUCGAGUGGUAAAGUUCUGCGCUUGCUCAGAGGAAGAGAGGUGACGGAUACGGACGAAGCAGAGUGGAAAGAGUACGAGGCUUUGUUGAGACGUCAAGAUGGCGACACUUGUGCUCGACCUAGCAACAGCUUGUCGGUAUCACCGGUAUCAUCCAUCGCAUCACCAGCUUUGACUGCGCCUACUCCGUCCACCCUCCAGACAACGGCCAGGCCGUCAUUGAGCGACUCAACCGGCGAAAGCUCAAGCCCACCGCCCUCGUCAAUAGCCACAUCAUCACCAACUUCAAAGUCUUCUUUGACGUCGGAGACUCCGUUUCUUACGUGGACACCGGCACAGCCUAGCACGACGAAAACACCUUCAGCAGUGCCUAAGCCAUCCCCUGCAUCGCAACCUCCGCCACCACCUCAAACCGAGCCUCCGACAAAGGCAUUAUCGGUGAUCUUCCGGAACACAAAAGGCAAUGGCGAAGACUACAACAACUAA